AUGUGCGGUGCCCAGCCCCUCAGGGUGGCGCGCUCGCCCUGCAGGGGGCGCUCGCGUGCGGCGCCCCGGGGAGCCGCAGCGCCCCCUGGAGGCUCCAGAACCCCGGGGAGCCGGGAGCCCGCGCCUGAGGGGCGCUGUGUGGCCGUCAGGACAGAGGGUCCGGGCGGGAGUGAGGAGCCGGACCGGGCUUCGGGGCCUGGUGUGAGGCGCCGGCCGGGCCGGAUGCCGACCGCGUCCCAGGGUCGCUGGGCCUUGCGGGUCUGGCUGCUCUUCUCCAAGAUUCAGGCUGCUGUUUCAGAUGUACAAAUGAAUCUACCUCUGAACAAGCAAAUAAACUUUAAGUCACCAAGUCCCCAGGAUCUUUUGCAAUCAAGCCUUCUGGGUCUGCGCCAGUCAGAGAUAGAAGCCUAUGAGUUAAUUCUGCAAUUUAUAGACCAAAAAGACAUGUCCCAAAUGGACAAGCUGAGUUUUCUCAGGGCUGUGGAGACCUUAAGUGGUGCUGUACACUCCCAACCAAAUGGCUGCAUGAAUGAUUACUAUCCCCAGACCAUCCUCACCAAGAAAAUUGAGACAUUAAUCCUGGAAGAAUCCACUUCGAGUUUGGACAGCAACAUUCUUCAGCAAGCCAUGUUGUGCACUGUGGCCCUGAGGUUCCUUCCUACUGUGAUCUUCUCAUGCCAGGUGAAUCCACCUUUCAACUUAUCCCAGAAGCUGGACCUGGUCAAUGCUGCCAUCUCCAUCAUGUUCUCUCUGCCGCUCAUCUUACCUAGCCUAGACAGGAAAGAGAGUGCCAGUCUCUAUAUCCAGAUCAUCCUGCCUUGGGUAACCCUGUCAGAAAAAAAAUACGAGCAGAACCGGGCCUUGGGCACCAUGUCCCGCUUGUUGAGGUUCAUCUGCAAUUUUUCUGAACUGUUGCACAUGUCGCUUUUCUCCAUGACUGGGAAAUUGAUGGGCAUCUUGGGUCUCCUCAGCGUGCACUCGAACCAUGAGGUCAGCAUGGAGGCAUCAGAGGCCUUGCAUUACUUGUUCAAAAUCCUUGUGCUUCAGAGAAGUGUAAAAGGGAAGAUAGAAGAGAUCCUGAAGGACUUACAGAAACAUUUCCGCAGACAGUGGCUCUUCAGCAUGCAGGACCUUGCACUGAUACCUGAACUCAUUGCCAACGGACUCGUCUACUGGCACAACGAGUUGAAAAUAGAAACACCUUUGCCACUGUCCUCUUUCUUCAGGAAGUACUUGACCCCUUUGGAGAGAGCUGAUGUGAUCAUCGUGGCCAUAGAAGCCAUGGCAAGUACCGACAUCCAGGACACCCGGGCGGCCUCCAAAGUGUUUAAGGUCCUCCUGAAACACACGAUCCCAGAAAUCGGAAAGGUGCCAGAGAUCAUCCAGUAUAUUUACUACCACAUGAGCAACAUCACAGAGACCACAUCCCUGAAUGCCAUAAAGAAGAUCUUUCACAUGUUCGCCCAGUCCUACACUGAUGAAGUCAUCUUGACGCUGAUUAAGAUAGAAGAUCAGUCACAAAAAGGAGUGCGCCAGCCUUGGGAAAUCCUAGCAUCCUUCCCCAAAGACUACGAGCUGAUCCUGGAGCAUCUGCUGCAGAGGCUGAAGCCACCUGUGGAAGAGGAGUCGGGCCGCAGGCCAGAGCUCUCCCCGCUCAUUGCCACCAGGGCCGUCCACGAGCUGCUGCUGGAGCCCAGCCGGCGCCUGGAGGUGCAGACUUUCUUCUCGUCCCUCUUCCUAGCACUGCUGUUCCGGAUCUCCUUUCUUGUGUUCGAAGGGAGGGCCGAAGCAAUGGAAGAUCAACCCUACGAAACGAAGUGGGUGAACCCCAUCAGUUUUUCCACAGACACCCUGAAGACCUUGAUAAGCAGUUCAGGGUACGGGGACCACGUGGUUUACAUCCAGGAGCUUGGAGGUUGGGAGCGGCUUAUAGAUCCUGAAACCCACUACGAAGGAGUCACUCUGCUGGCCAGAUCCCUGGUGGUCAAGAACUGCUGGCACAACCGCCCCAUCUUCAGCCUCCUCAUCAGGACCCUCCAGGACCUGGACUGUACCAGUCACGUGACAGCCUUGGUGCUGCUGGCAGAGCUGCUCCACUGCCCGGAUGUGAGUUCCAAUGUGGAUGACAUUGCCACCCAUAUUCUGGCAAGCUGGUUCAAGAGCGAGGAGCUCGCCACAGUGAAAGUCCUGCUGCAGGUGACGGAGACCUUCGCAAAGCACAAGAACUUGCUGAGACGGCUGGGCAUCCUGCAGCCCCACGUGCUCAACUGCUGUUACUCCUCCAACCCUGACAUUGUGAUGGAGACCUUCCUGACGCUGCAGCGCCUCCUGCAGGACCUCAAGUGGCAGUACUCCUCUUCCUUCCUCACUCAGCUGGCCUUCAUGCUGUCCACCUUCUUUGAGGCGGAGUCGCAGCCUCUGCGCUUGAAGGCCUUCCAGAUCUAUGCAAGUCUCCUAACCAAGACCAAGAGGAAUGUCCUCAUCUUCCCCCUGAGGCACCAGAUCCUCAACUUGAUAGUCCUCCUGGUGCUGCACAUGAAGGACGAGAACAUGGAGGUGCGCCAGAUCUGCCAGUACAGCCUCUACAAGACAGCCACCAUCCUGGGCUGGUCUAGGCUCAAAGCAGUCUUUGUCAACCACGAUGUGUUUACCAUCCUCAGAGCCCUGCUGCAGCAGGAGACAAACAAAGCCCCCUGGUUUCUGAAGCAGUGCAUAGUUCUCUUCAAGAGCCCCCAGACCCCCAUCCGCCUGAUAGCUGUGUGGUUUGCAGUCUUUCUUGGCUUCUUGCAGCUGCUCCACUGCCCGGAUGUGAGUUCCAAUGUGGAUGACAUUGCCACCCAUAUUCUGGCAAGCUGGUUCAAGAGCGAGGAGCUCGCCACAGUGAAAGUCCUGCUGCAGGUGACGGAGACCUUCGCAAAGCACAAGAACUUGCUGAGACGGCUGGGCAUCCUGCAGCCCCACGUGCUCAACUGCUGUUACUCCUCCAACCCUGACAUUGUGAUGGAGACCUUCCUGACGCUGCAGCGCCUCCUGCAGGACCUCAAGUGGCAGUACUCCUCUUCCUUCCUCACUCAGCUGGCCUUCAUGCUGUCCACCUUCUUUGAGGCGGAGUCGCAGCCUCUGCGCUUGAAGGCCUUCCAGAUCUAUGCAAGUCUCCUAACCAAGACCAAGAGGAAUGUCCUCAUCUUCCCCCUGAGGCACCAGAUCCUCAACUUGAUAGUCCUCCUGGUGCUGCACAUGAAGGACGAGAACAUGGAGGUGCGCCAGGUGAGUGGCCAGGCCGAGGGGCCAAGCCUCUUGUCUCCCCAGAUCUGCCAGUACAGCCUCUACAAGACAGCCACCAUCCUGGGCUGGUCUAGGCUCAAAGCAGUCUUUGUCAACCACGAUGUGUUUACCAUCCUCAGAGCCCUGCUGCAGCAGGAGACAAACAAAGCCCCCUGGUUUCUGAAGCAGUGCAUAGUUCUCUUCAAGAGCCCCCAGACCCCCAUCCGCCUGAUAGCUGUGUGGUUUGCAGGCCAGAUCAUCCAGGUCCUCAACCAGGAAGAGGUGGAUGGGAUCGAGGAAGAGUAUUCCUCCUUAAGGCUCAUGGAGAAAGACCCGGACCCCAUGGUCAGCUGCCUCACCAGGCAGACUCUCUACGUCCUGGAAGCCAAGGACCAGCUGCUGCGGGCCCAGCCCCGCGGUACUGGUAUCCUCAAGACCCAAGGCGCUCAGAGUUUAGAAAGACUCUGCUGCCAGUCUUCUGAUGGUGGCCGGAGGGGUGAGUCACUGAACACUGAUCUGGCUAAUACUGAGAGCGGGGUCCUGGCCCAGCACUGUGUGGAGAAGGCUCUGGGGUCGUGGGGAUGGAACACGGGCCUUUCAUCCGGGCGAAAGCUGCACAGGGGCCCUGCCCACGAGACAGAGAACCUGGGUCCCAGUGUUUAG